AUGCUGAACAAUCAGACAAGGACGUCCAGGAACGUCGUCAUCUCGGGCGGCGCGCGGGGCAUCGGCCGCGCGCUGACGCGCUACUUUCUCAAAGCCGGACACAAGGUCUACGUCUUCGACAUUGACGAGGACGAGCUCGAGUACACGGUCAAAGUCCACCUCAAGACGCACCACGACGCGGGCAAGCUCGCGUAUGCGACCUGCAAUCUCCGGGACGUGGACGACGUCCGCGCCAAGGUCAAGGCGGCGGCGGCGGGAGACCUGCUCGGCGGCACGAUCGACGUCCUCAUCAACAACGGCGGCAUCGCGAGCCCGUACUGGCGGGACGGAAAGACGAUGCAGGACCCGGACACCCUUGGGGAGUGGCGGGCGUACGUCGACACCAACCUCACCGGCCCCUUCGCCAUGAGCCAGGCCUGCGUUCCGUACAUGAAGGCGCGGCGGGCGGACGCGGCGGACGGCGCGCAUAAUGCCGAAGAGGGGUCGGGCGUCGCCGGGCCGUGCAUCCUGCUCAUCGGGUCCUUCCGCGCGCACCAGUCGGACCCAAACCAGGAGGGUUACGCGGCCAGCAAGGCGGGGCAGCUGGGCCUCAUGCACAGCAUGGCCAUCUCGCUUGGCGCGCUCGGCAUCCGCGUGAACCUGAUCGCACCGGGGCGGAUCAAGGUUGGGCACGAGAGCAGGGAGGGCAACGAGGCGGGGCGGGGCUGGCGGGAGCAGAUGCUGGAAAAGGACGUCGACGACCACCCGACGAACCGGGCCGGGAGGCCGAAGGACAUCGCCGACGCGGCGCUGUACCUGAUGGACGCCGGCUUCGUGACGGGGCAGGACCUCGUCGUCGACGGUGGGGCUCUGAGGAAGAAGAACUGA